AUGGACAAAUCAAAGGUAGACUACAGCGUCUACCUCGUCACCGACUCGACGCCCGCCAUCCUCGGCAACAAGGACCUCGCCGCCGUCGUCGAGGCCUCCCUCCGGGGCGGCGUCUCCAUCGUGCAGUACCGCGACAAGCACAGCGACCGCGACACCGCCGUGGCGACGGCGCGGCGGCUGCUCGAGGUGACGCGGCGGUUCGGCGUGCCGCUGCUGGUGAAUGACCGGGUGGACGUUGCGGUCGAGGUUGGCUGCGAGGGGGUGCAUAUCGGGCAGGAUGACAUGGCAUACGAAGAGGCAAGGAAACUCCUCGGCCCCGACAAAAUCAUCGGCGUCACAGCAAGCUCCAUCGAAGAAGCCCUCGCCGCAUGCAAAGCCGGCGCCGACUAUCUCGGCCUGGGCACCGUCUACUCAACUCCAACCAAAAAAGACACAAAAUCCAUCAUCGGCCCCUCCGGCAUCCGCUCCAUCCUCCAAGCCCUCUCCUCCUCAGGCCACGCCUCCAUCCCCACCGUCUGCAUCGGCGGCAUCAACGCCAGCAACGCCACCGCCGUCCUCCUCGAGUCCAGCGCCUCCCCGCAAAAGAGCCUCGACGGCAUCGCCGUCGUCAGCGCCCUCGUCGCGGCUGCGGAUCCGGCCGCCGCGGCGCGGGACCUGCUGGCCAAGGUCGUCACGGGCAGGGUCCCGGAUGUGCUGAGGGCGGUGGCGGAGGGGACGCCGCUGUCGCAUAACAUGACCAACUUGGUUGUGCAGAAUUUCGCGGCAAAUGUCGCGCUCGCCGUCGGAGCGAGCCCCAUCAUGGCCAACUACGCCGAGGAGGCGGCCGACCUGGCCAAGCUCGGCGGCGCCCUCGUCAUCAACAUGGGCACCGUGACGCCCGAGGGCUUGAAGAACCACAUCCAAGCCCUCCAAGCAUACAACGCCGCUGGCGGACCCGUCGUGCUCGAUCCCGUUGGCGCAGGCGCAACCUCCAUCCGCCGCGCCGCCGUAAAAACCCUCCUGUCCUCGGGCAGAUUCACAAUCAUCAAAGGCAACGAGCGCGAGAUCCACACCGUCGCAGGCGACUCCUCCACCGUCCAGCGCGGCGUCGACUCCUCCUCGUCGCUCACCGUCCCGCAGCGCGCCGCCCUCGCCCGCUCCGUCGCCCGCUCCACCGGCGCCGUCGUCGUCGUCACGGGCAAGACGGACGUCGUCAGCGACGGCGUGCGCGCGCUGCGCGUCGACAACGGGCACGAGUUCCUGGGCCGGGUGACGGGCACGGGGUGUACGCUUGGCACCACGCUGAGCGCCAUGGCCGCUGCGUUUAGGGGCAGGGAGCAGGAUAGGUUGCUGGCUGUGGUGGCGGGGUUGGUCUUGUUCGAGGUUGCGGCGGAGAGGGCGGGCGUGAGGAGUGAUGUCAGGGGGCCGGGGACGUUUGUGCCUGCGUUUUUGGACGAGUUGAGUGCGCUGCGGGAGGAGACUGUUGGGGGGGAUGUGAAGUGGUUGGCUGGGGCAAAGGUUGAGGCUGUUGAGGUGGUGGAGGAGUCAUGA